AUGUCAAAAACUAUAAAUGGAAGAAUCCGAACAAAUUCAAAACGCGAAGUUUAUGUUGAACAAAUGCCUCAUAAUCGACAUAGAAAAAUCAAAUCUUUUAAACGUUUACAUUCAUAUGAUGAUAGUGAGGUUGCUUAUCGAAGUACACCUGAUUAUUUAAAACAAUUAAUGAAUACAUCAACAUUAUCAAAUGGACAUUCAGCUCGAAGUGUAACACGUACAUAUAGUGCUAGUGAAAUAACAUCACCUAAUAAUUUCAAUCGACCAAUGAGUGGAAAUCCAAAAUAUAAAACACAAGAAGAAUAUUAUGAUGAAAUUCAAUUUUUAAAAAAAGAAUUAAAAGAUACAAAAACUGAUAAUGAUAUUUUACGUGCUAGAGUUCGACGUUUGGAAGAAGAUAAUGCACGUAAACGUAAAGAAAUGGAUAAUUUUUAUGAUGCGAACAAGGAUGGGGAUAUACGACGAACAUUAACUGGUUCUUCUAAUUCAACUGCUAAUGUUGUUAUGAAUUUAAAACAACGUUUAUUUAAAUUAGAUUUGCAAUUGAAACAAAAAGAAACUAUAAUUGAUGAAAUGAAAAGUGAUCCACGAUGGACAAAAGGUACAGAAUUAGAAAUACAAAAUCGUGCUUUAUUUAAUGAACUUGAAAAACAAAAAUUAGAAAAAUUAAAUUUUAUACAACAUGAUUAUAUAGCUUCAAUUGAUGAAGAAAAAAUGAAUGCUGUACGAAAAUUAGAAACUGAAAAAAGAGAAUUAAAAAUAGAAAAUGAUAAUUUAAAGAAAAAACUUAAUGAAAUGGAAAAAUUAGAACGUGACGGACAAUUAUCAUCACGUCAACGUGAUGUUAGUACUGAUAGAGAUUUACGUCGAAAAAUUGAAGAUUUAAAAGACACAUGUAGAAAUUAUCGAAAUGACCUUGAUCAAAUGAAAGAUGAACUUAAACAAAUGCGACAUGAACGUGAUAAAUAUCGUGAUAAACUUGAUAUUGUUAAAGAAGAUCUUGAAGAAAUGAAACAUGAACGUGAUCAAUAUCGUAAAAAAUUCGAACGAAUUAAUAAUGAUUUUGACGAAUUACGAUCGGAACGUUUUCGACAAAUGAAAUCAUCAAAUCAAACGGAUCGUUUAUCAAUUAUUGCUUCACGUCAAGGAUCAUAUUCAUCUGAAGAACCUACUAGAAAAGAUUCAAGAUCAAGUACACCUCUACAAAAAUCUAAGGAACAUAUUGGUUCACAUUCAUCAUUGACUAGAUUUGAUCGUAACACACCAUCACCAUCAAUUACAAGAAAAACAACGUCUCGAAAUUUUCGUCGUGAUAAUUGGAAUAGUGAUGAUGAAAAUCGUCUUAAAAAUUUUCGAGAAAAACAUGCAGCAACUGUCAUUCAACGAGGUUGGCGUGAACAUCAUAAAUCACAUAAACAUUCAUUUACAUCUAAAACAAAACAGUAUCCUUUUGACAAACGGAACUCAAAAAUUGGUGGAAUAAAAUCACCAGAAACACAAUCGCCACGAACCAGUCAACAAAAAUUAGGUUCAAAGAUAGAUAAUCUUGAUAGUAGUAAUAUCAAAAAUCGAUUUACAUCAGCUAAUAUUUCAAAUGAAUCUGCUUUAAAAAUUGUGCAAGCAUCAUUACGUGGAUAUCUCAAUCGAGAUAAAAUAGAUAAGACUUCUCGAAUAGAAAAAUUACAUCGUAUUGAAAGUGAUGAUGAUGAUGAUGAUGAUGAUGAUAUUAUUGGAAAACCAUCAAAACAAUUUGGAUCACAAUAUGCAAGUGACAAAAAGCGAGAGAAUUUUUUCAAACAUUCAAAACAAAAUUUUGCAGAUAGUAAUGGUUUGCAUAAUGAUAAAAUUAGAUCUGAUAGUCGUUCACCAACAAGUAAUCGAGAUUCAACUUCGAACUUUCAUCGAUCUCUUUCUCCACCUGUUGGUACCUAUCGACCGUCAUCACCACAUAUUAGUAGUGGAAGUGGUUCGAAACAAUUCUUCCCUAAUGAUCGAAAUAAACUUGAAUUUGACAAUCGAAAUAAUCGUGAACCAUUUAUGAAAUUCCGACCAUCUUCACCUUCAAAUGAUCAUCGAUUAUCUCGAUACAUAUCACCAGAAGAUACUCAAUCAUCAUCUCGUCAAAGUAAUGUGUCAUUACGAAAAAGUCCAAUACAUUCAAAACAAUCACUUAAAAAUACUUAUAAUAAUAAUGAUGAUCAUGAUCAUGACAAUCUUUCAGAUUUUUAA